AUGGGAAGAGAAGCUAAAGCUAAAAUCAAAGGGCCAACGGAUUUAUACGUUAAAACCGGAAGUUCCGUUAGUAUAUCUUGUAGCAUAAGUCAAGGUCCACACGAUUUAGGAACAGUUUUUUGGUAUAAAGAUAAAAAUAUUUUAAGGGUUCAAAGUUCACAUCCGAACGAUUAUGAACCCGUUGCGAGAGUUACCAUUGAUACCGAAUGGACGGAUGUUUUGACGUCAUACCUUCGGAUAAGCAACGCAAAACUUUCUGAUUCUGGUAAUUACACGUGUACGCCAACAAUAGCAGAAGCUGCUAGUGUUAACGUACACAAUUUGAGAUUUCGAAUCGGAUUUUUUUUUUUUAUCUCACCUCGUAAUUCAUAA